AUGACGUCCGUCGCGUUGCCGACGGCCGCGGCGCCGCGCGCGACGCCUCGCGCGUCGACGACGCGCCACCGCGGCCGCGGCCGCGCCGCUAGGAACGCACGAUGCCGCGCCGCCGCGGAGCCGGACUGGAAGACGAAGCAGCGCGAGCAAGACGCGCUGAUCAGCGUCGAGGAGGACGCCGUCAAGCGACGCGUGGAGGAGCUCCUCGCGCCGAUCCUCGACGUCGGCGCGGGAGGAGACCCCGGCGACGCGGCGAACGGCGCGGGCCGCCCCGCGUCGGAUCUCGCGAAGAAGAUCCGCGACGCGACGUCCGUCCUCGAGUCCGGGCUCGUGGAGCGCGAGACGGAGGUGCGACUGCUCCUCCUCGCCGCCUUCUGCGGCGAGCAUCUGCUGCUGCUCGGUCCGCCGGGGACGGCCAAGUCAGGCGCGUCCCAGCUCGGGCGGCGCCUGUCCUCCAUCUGCGACGGCGGCGCGUUCUUCGAGCGGCUACUGACGCGGUUCAGCGUCCCGGAGGAGCUCUUCGGGCCGCUGUCCAUGCGCGGGCUGGAGAACGAUCUGUACGUGCGGCAGACGGAGGGGUACCUUCCGACGGCGACGGUGGCAUUCGUGGACGAGGUCUUCAAAGCCAACUCGGCCAUCUUAAACUCGCUGCUCACCAUCCUCAACGAGCGGCUGUUCGAUAACGGCGCGGAGCGCGUCAAAGUCCCGCUGCUGUGCCUCGUCGGCGCGUCGAACGAGCUCCCCGAGAGCGAAGAGCUCGACGCGCUGUACGACCGCUUCCUAUUGCGGUCCAGCGUCGAGCAAGUCAGCGCGGGGUCUCUGUCCGGGUUGCUCUCCAUGCGCGCGGCGGAGUUCGCGUGCGACGCGAAAGUCGGCGGCUCGAAAGACGACCCGGCGUGCGAAUCCCUGAGCGUGGCUGACUUCGAGGGCGUCAAGGCGGAGGCGGAGGCGCGCGUGGACGUCCCGCGCGGCGUCGUCGACCUCAUCGUCGACCUCCGCGCGUACCUCCAAGACUCGUGCGAGCCCCCCGUGUACGUCAGCGACCGCCGCCUCGUCAAGUCCAUCGCGUUGCUCCGCGUCGCCGCGUACACCAACGGCCGCUCCGCCGUGAGCGAGUUCGACUGCCUGCUGCUCGCGAACGUGCUGUGGCAGCGCCCGAGCGAGGCGCGAACGAUCAGGGAGUGGAUCCUCGAGCGGCUCGCGCGCGAUCGCGGCGUGGAGCAAGUGCAGUAUCUCCUCGCCGGGCUCUUCGGCCGCGCGUGCCGCGCCGACGGCGACCCGACGGAGGUGCGUUCUAUACACUGGUCCCCAUACGAUCGCGUUCGCGUGGUGAACGCGGAUCCAUAA